AGGUGGACCGCUGUCCUCGGCAUUCUCCGGACCUGCUUGUCCUGCGCCUGCAUCUCAAACACUGAAAACGCCCUCUGACCUUAUUGUCAAUGCACAUUGGAUGAUAGAACCAGCAUCGAAUUCUUCGGCUGCGGCUUCCCGUGGUCUUCAGCCAUCUACGCCGAUUAGCCACGUCUCCUCCCCUAACCUCAACCCGUCCACGUCCUCCCGUCCCCAUCGUCGCGCCACACACGGGCGAUCGACCGUCUGCCCGCUGGGACCGACUCCCGACCCGACCGUCAUCUCACCCGCCCGUCGUCGCCCAUCGCCUGUCACCAUCGCCCAUCUGUCCCGUCCCGCGCGUCACCGUCGCGUCGCCGGCUCUACCAACGCCCCGUCCUGCCGCCGACUCGCGAUCGCCGCCGCAUACAUCCAGUCACCCAGCGCGUGCAUACGUCGCGUCCCGCCUGCCGCAUACAUCUCCCCCACCACCUCCGCCUUCCACUCCCCUCCAUCUCCCACCUUCCCUCCGUCUCCCACCUCCCCUUCACCUGAUACUCUCCCACCUUCCCACUGCCCCGGCCACGCGACGCGGACGAUAUCGUAGCCUCGCCGUGUCUAGAGGGUGUAGUCAGCGGAAGAUGUGAGGGGAAGGGGAAGGAGACGUACGCAGGACAACGAGGUCAGCGUCGAAGGCGCGCGCAGACGCGACGAUCGCGGCCCUGCGAUGGCGAGGCAGUU